GAACAAGACGCUGCACAGUGAUUGGCUGCUGAGAGGGCGUGCAGCUGUGACGUCAGGGCAGAGAGGAAGAUGGCGGCGGUGACCAGAGGCUCGUUGUCCGCGCUCCGACAGCUGCUGAGUCAGCAGUACCGCCGCCGCUGUUUCCCACCUCAGAACCUGAGGUCCAACAGAACCCUGCAGCCGCUCGCCUUCAGAUGUGACCGACACCUCCAGAUGUUGAGCAGCAGGACGCUGCACACCGCCGCUGUGAGUCGAGGUCCGGUCCUCCAGUUCAAACUGUCCGACAUUGGAGAGGGCAUCAUGGAGGUGACGGUGAAGGAGUGGUAUGUGAAGGAGGGGGACAAGGUGUCUCAGUUCGACAGUAUCUGUGAGGUCCAGAGUGACAAGGCGUCGGUUACCAUCACCAGCCGCUACGACGGAGUCAUUAAGAAACUCUACUACGACGUGGACGCCACCGCCUUGGUGGGCAAGCCACUGGUGGACAUUGAGACAGAGUCCAGUUCAGAGGUGAUCCAGGAGGAAGACGUGGUGGAGACGCCCGCCAUGGCUCGAGAAGAACACACCCACCAGGAGAUCAAAGGUCACAAGACCCAGGCCACGCCUGCAGUCAGACGCCUCGCCAUGGAGAACAACAUCAAGCUCAGCGAGGUGGUGGGGACGGGUAAAGAUGGACGGAUCCUGAAGGAGGACAUCUUAAACUAUCUGGCGAAGCAGACAGGAGCCAUCUUGCCUCCGACUCCAUUCCAGGAGAUCCAGACUCCGCCUCCGCCCCCAGCUGCCAGGCCCAUGAGCACUCCGGCAGCCAUCAAAGCUCCACCCACAAUGCCCAAACCGGUGUUCACCGGCAAAGACGUGACCGAACCCCUCAAAGGUUUCCACCGAGCGAUGGUGAAGACAAUGACAGCGGCGCUGAAGAUUCCUCACUUUGGGUACUGUGACGAGGUGGACUUGAGCCGGCUGGUGUCUCUGAGAGCUGAGCUCAAAUCCAUCACUGAAGGUCGUGGGGUCAAACUCAGCUACAUGCCGUUCUUCAUCAAGGCUGCCUCCCUCGGCCUCCUGCACUUUCCAAUCCUCAACGCCUCGGUGGACGAAAGCUGCCAGAACAUCACGUACAAGGCUUCUCAUAACAUCGGCCUGGCGAUGGACACCAGUCAGGGUCUGCUGGUUCCCAACGUGAAGAACGUUCAGCUGCUCAGCGUGUUCGAGAUCGCUCAGGAGCUGAACCGCCUGCAGGCGCUCGGAGCUGCAGGUCAGCUGGGAACCAACGAGCUCAGCGGGGGAACCUUCACCCUGUCCAACAUUGGAUCAAUCGGAGGGACGUAUGCUAAGCCGGUCAUUCUUCCUCCUGAAGUCGCCAUCGGAGCGCUGGGAAAAAUCCAGGUUCUUCCUCGCUUCGACGCCGGCGGUCAGGUGGUCCGAGCUCACAUCAUGAACGUCAGCUGGUCUGCAGAUCAUCGCAUCAUCGACGGCGCCACCAUGUGUCGUUUCUCCAACCUGUGGAGGGAGUACCUGGAGAACCCGGCCAGCAUGGUGCUGGACCUGAAAUAGACCCAGAGACUUCCCAUCAGCCCCGGAGAGGACGGCGAGGCCACACUAACAGACCUGCACUUCCUCUUCCUGUUCAAGGCCUUCCUGUUCUCUCAUUUCCUUGUUGCCUUUGAGAUGCCAGGAGGGGGAGGGGUCAGCCUGUCAAUCAUGUCGUGUCCAUGACGACCACUCACUUGCACAGUGCAGAGGUCUGCACUCUGUUUUUAAUAAUCAGUAAUUACCAUGACCGGACCCAGGUCAUGUGACCAGAGUUAGUAAACGGUUCUUAUUAAUCGAUAAUCGAUCACUUAGCUGUACAACCUACGUUGACUAAUUUAAGACGAGUUCUGAUUGGAUGUAAUGUAACACCUGAUUUUAAUGUUCAUCAAUAUGCAAAUGAAGUGGGCGGGGUUAGUGCAGAUGAGGUCAUGUGGCCAACAACAAUAAAAUGUGAUGGAAUGGACUGACCCGUCUCCACCUGUCCUGUCCCCUCUGGACCAGGACUGACCCGUCUCCACCUGUCCUGUCCCCUCUGGUCUCGUGUAUUUAACAAUGGUGGUCUGGUCGUCCCCUCUGGAUCUGGAUCUGUCUUGUACCGGGUCAGGAGUGUGAAACACUAAAACUGAAUGGACCAGGUUCAGGUCUGUAGGUGUGACUGUGGACCUGGUCCGUUCUGUCCUGUAGGACCAGCUGAUCUUUAAUAGCCUCAAACUGACUCAGGACCAGGUUUUCCUCCUGUGCACAGACCCGGUUCUGUUCUUCUGUAGACUCUCUGGUGGACUGGUUGGUGUCCUGGUGGCUGCUGGUUAACGAGCACAUGGUGUUGGUCGGCUGUUACAUGUUUCCUGUUUCCUGUUUGUGUUUCUGAUGAAAUGUGGAGAUAGUAACGUUUUUUUUUUGUUUUUUAUUUUAAUGUUUGAAACUAAAAUAAAGUUGAAGUGAUCAAACCUGAAAAACUCA